AUGAAAAUGAUGCCAACACUCACCCUCACGAAUCGUCUUGAACCCCCUCCCCGUCCUCCUCCCCGGCAACACCAUCACAUCCAACGCCUCAAUGAGUUUCUUAUUCUCAGCAUGUUCGCGAUGCAGUGCCCUCAGGGACUCGCAACUAAAUGCGUCGGAACCACAGAACAAUAUCCUCAACGGAUCCGAGACCCGGGACGAGCUGUGUCGCAGCUGGGAAUGCAGAUGCGGGUGUCUCGCCAGGCGGUAGGCUUGGGCCCUGCUUAUGAGACGGAACAUGAUGACGGGUUCAUGGUUAUGUUUGCUCUUGAUGCGGAGUCUACUGCAUGGUGUGGAAUUCGGUGCUGUUGA